GUGCUCACCGCCGUUACGUCCCCUCCCCUCGCCGGGCAGCGAGAGAGGAGAGAGAUGACGGUUUGUUGGAAUUUAGUGGGCAUCUUGGUCUUGUUCAUAUCUGCUCUAGCUUGCCAUGAGAAGGUUGGAGGUGAUGAUGUUUUAGGGUAUGGGUACAAAAUCCAAUCGGUUGCCGCCGGCGCUGAUGGGGCAGGCCUCAACGCCAAGCUUACCCUCCUUCGGGAAACCCAGAAAUACGGCCCCGAUCUCCACAAUCUGGACCUCACUGUCUGGUACGAGACGCCCACAAGAUUGCGGGUCAAGAUAACGGAUUUGGAUCGCCCCAGAUGGGAGAUCCCACAAGAUGUCAUCCCACGUGGGACCCACAACAACUCGACCAGCGGCAAUGGCAUUCUCCGCUUGCCCGGCGUUGGCGCUCCACCACCACAAAACGGGACGUUUUGGGGUCCGGACUCCGAUCUCGUCUUCCGAUACACCUCCAACCCUUUCAAUUUCGCUAUCACCCGGCGGUCAUCCGGCGAGACGCUCUUCGACACCUGCAGCGAUAGGAGCAGUGACCCGGACGGUCCAUUCACUGGCAUCGUGUUCAAGGACCAAUUCUUGUCCAUUUCCUCCUCCCUUCCAACCGGCACAUCGUCUAUAUAUGGACUCGGGGAGCAUACCCUAAGAUCCUUCCGUCUCGAGGAAACCGAUUCCUUGACCCUAUGGAACGCGGAUAUUCCCAGCUCGGCUGUCGGUCUGAACCUGUACGGGAGCCACCCCUUCUACAUUGAUCUCCGGGCCCCAAGCGGUAGGGCCCACGGUGUGCUGCUUUUUAACAGCAACGGCAUGAACAUCCUCUACCGUCCGUCACAGAUCACGUACAAGAUCGACGGUGGCAUCUUCGACUUCUAUUUCUUCGCUGGUGAUACGCCGGUCGCCGUGGUUCAGCAGUACACCCAACUCGUCGGCCGGCCGGCACCCAUGCCCUACUGGUCAUUUGGGUUUCAUCAAUGCCGGUAUGGUUACAAGAAUGUGGAGGACCUGCAGGGCGUCGUCGCCGGGUACGCGAAUGCCGGCAUCCCGUUGGAAACGAUGUGGACCGACAUUGACUACAUGGACCAAUUCAGGGAUUUCACGUUGGAUCCAGUUAAUUUCCCGCCUGAAAAAUUAAAGGCAUUCGUAGACAGACUGCAUCAAAAUGGACAGAAAUAUGUGAUGAUAGUGGACCCAGGGAUCAGUGUGAACGAGAGCUACGGGCCAUACAUUCGUGGGCAGGAAGCCGAUAUCUACAUCAAGUGGAACGGCAAACCCUAUCUAGGCCAGGUGUGGCCGGGGCCGGUCAACUUCCCGGACUUCAUGAACCCAGCCGCCCUGCCCUAUUGGGAACGCGAGAUCCAGCAGUUUCAUGACGUGAUCCCGUUUGACGGUCUCUGGAUCGACAUGAACGAGGUCAGCAACUUCUGCUCGGGCUUGUCCUGCACCCUCCCGUCGGCUGGCCCGUGUCCGCAGCCAGGCGAGCAGGAUGUGUGCUGCCUUAUCUGUGACAAUUCUAACUCCACGAUCUAUGACGAUCCGCCAUACAGGAUCAACAUUGCCGGGUCAAGGCUCCCACUCGGGCUACGAACGGUUGCAGCCGGCGCAGUGCAUUAUGGCAAUGUGCUAGAGUACAACGCUCAUGACCUCUAUGGGUUGACCGAGUCCAGGGCCACAAAGAUUGCCUUGGCGAACGUGAUCCAGAAAAGGCCGUUUGUGCUGUCUAGGUCUACUUUCUUGAGUUCAGGCGUGCAUGCUGCUCACUGGACGGGCGACAACUCGGCCACCUGGGAUGACCUUGCCUAUUCCAUCCCAGCCAUCCUUAGCUUCGGCUUGUUUGGGCUGCCUAUGGUUGGUGCCGACAUAUGUGGUUUCAGCGGCGACACCACCGAGGAGUUGUGCAACCGCUGGAUUCAGCUCGGCGCAUUCUACCCUUUCUCGCGAAACCACGCCAGCAUCGGUUCCAAGCGUCACGAACUCUACUUAUGGCAGUCGGUCACUGAGUCGGCAAAGAAGGCGCUUGGGCUCCGCUAUCGACUGCUGCCAUACUACUACACGCUCAUGUACAAGGCACAUGUGACGGGGACUCCGAUUGCUCGACCACUUUUCUUCUCGUUUCCAAAUGACACCAACACUCAUGGAGUUGAUACACAGCUCUUGAUUGGUAAAGGAUUGAUGGUAACCCCAGUUCUGCAGCAAGGAAAGACGAAUGUUCAUGCAUACUUCCCGGCAGGAACUUGGUUCAGCAUGUUUGACCUCAACGCAAGGUUGGUCGUGCCAAAAGGGACGAAGAUCACGCUGGAUGCACCGAUUGACACUGUAAACGUCCAUGUCUGCUCUGGUAACGUAUUGCCUAUGCAGGAGGUAGCAGCAACAACAGCAGAAGCCAGGGCCACGCCUUUCACUUUGCUGGUGGCACUGGGAAGCAAUACAGGGGCACAAGGGGAGCUGUUUUUGGAUGAUGGGGAGCAAUUGAAGAUGGGGGAAGGAGAUAAUUGGACCUUUGUGCAGUUCAGUGGUGGAUUGCAAGGUAAUGUGGUCAACCUUGCCUCUCGAGUGCAAAAUGGAACAUACGCUCUGGGACAAAGGUGGCUGAUAGAGACGGUGGUGUUUGUUGGAUUGGAAUAUGGAUCGGAGGGCAAGUACUUAAAUGUGACAUCAGGUGGAAACCCACUUGAUGUGUCGGAAGUGCUGGUGGUUAUGGGAGCAAAGUAUGGCAACGGUGUAGCAGAGAUCACUGGCCUCUCACUGCUAGUAGGCCAGAGCUUUGAGCUGACCAUGACUUUCAUCUGAAUCUACAUUGGUCUUAGAGAAAAGUCUUGAGAUUAAUUAGGAAGGAAGUGGAUGUCACCUCAUGAGGCCACAGUUGCGACAUUUCCCCCCCUGAAAACUUUUCAUUGCCUUCUCCAAUCAAAGCUUGCAUUUUAUUAAGAUGUAUAUUUGUGGUUUUGAACAGAAGAUAAUCAUUCUACCA